AUGGCAUCUCUGGCCACGAGUUCUUAUGCGAAGAUUACAGUAACCAAGAGCAUUCGAGCGUAUCAUCUGAAGCUCAACUCGGUCCAUAUUGCCCUGGUCGACACUCCAGGGUUCGACGACACAUACAUAACUGACGCCGAGGUUUUCAAAGACCUUGCCAUAUGGCUCGCCGCUCAGUACCAGACACAGGCACAGGUAACUGCGAUUCUAUACAUGCAACCGAUCACGGCAAUGAGGAUGAGAGGCAGUGCUCUUCUCAACCUGACGACAAUGAAGAAAAUGCUGGGUGUACAGAGCUUCCCACAUCUGAUCCUGGUCACCUCAAUGUGGGAUUUAAUAGACCCAGCAACGGCAGAAAAUCGAGAAAAAGAACUUACUAAGAGCUUCUGGCACGACUUGAUUAGUGAAGGUGCUAGGGUUGCAAGGUCCUAUGGUGAUCGCGCAUCCGUCCUCCAUGUGUUGGAAACGAUCAAUGUGCAAGGUAAGGAUCUAACACUGACCAUUCAGCAAGAGCUUGUGGAUGAAAACCUACCGCUGGGGCGUACUUCUGCUGGGACGUUUCUUGGCCACGAGUUCCGGCGGCAAGCAGACAUACAUAAUGAGAGACUCCGUCAAGGGCACACAGAAAGCAGACCGGCCAUUCUUCAAGAGCCCACCUUGGAUGAUGGAUCCCAGUCGGUUACCGGAAAUCUGGCAGGGUUCCAGAAGAAUCUCAGGGAACUACAAGUGCUUGAUAGCUCCACCAUCACGGAUGCAGCAUCACUAUGGCUGGCCAAAGAUGCUGCACAACUACAAGGCUUGAUCGACGUACCGGCAGGAAGCAAGGGUGAUACAAAGGCAAGCAACAUACCAACCACGGACUACAGCUCGAUUUUCCUAGCUGGAGAUACCAUGCGACCCAAUGAUUCCCAGCAAUCGAUUUACGAAAGCCUCAGUGGCGACGAUUUUCGACUCGUCCAUCUCCGAGCUGGGCAGGGGCCGGUGCCCGUUGAGCUCUCGCUCAUUGUCGCCAAUCUCAAGCAUCCUCCUCAGUAUGCUGCACUCUCCUACGUUGUUGGACAGAACAACACCAGUGUUACAGUCAACUUCAGGCGGGAUUACCAUGUAUUCCCGAUCGUGAUAUCGGACGCCCUCGAAACUGCCUUGAGAUGUCUUCGACGUCCAUACACAGAUAUACUGCUCUGGGUCGAUGCGUUGUCCAUUAACCAAUUCGACCUGCAGGAACGAGCUCGUGAAAUCCGGAGAAUGAGUCAGCUCUUCCGAUCGGCCUCCAACGUUUGCAUCUGGCUCGGGCCAGCAAGUCCGGAAGUCAUCCACGCUCUCGACUUUAUUCCGCAGGUCCUUAACUUUGCCCAUCUUGAAGAGCUUGUUAGGGAUGUGGGCAACAAGCAAAAAUGGCUGGAACUUACGAAACUCAUGUCUCGACCAUACUUCCGACGAAGGUUCGUCGUCCAAGAAAUAUUACUCUCCCGUAAUGCCACGGUUCACUGCGGAGACCGCGCGAUUCCGUGGCACGACUUCGUGGAUGUUGCCGUGUUACUCCGAUCUAAGUGGUCUGAACUGCAACAGCAUCUGGCUUUGACUCAUGAAGACAACUUGGAAUUGGGAGACGCGCAGCUUCUGGGUGCAGCUUCCUUAAUCGAGGUUUCCCGGCUGAUCUUCCGCAAAGACACCCAGGGAAACAUCCUCCAGCGUCUAUUGGAUCUGGAAACGCUGCUUUCUCUUUUACCGACCUUCGAAGUCACUGAAUUGCUCGAUACUGUCUAUGCCAUCAUUGACCUUGCCAAAGACGGUCUCGGGUCCCAAACACUGCGAGUGGACUAUGGAUUGCAGCCUGAGGAAUUGUUUCAGGACGUAACAAAAUUGGUGAUAGAGUCAUCCAAUUCUCUCGACAUUAUAUGCAGGCCGUGGGCGCCAAAGUGUGGGGUCCCGUCGUGGAUACCUACCAUCACCAAGUACACAUUCAGACGACGUGCGGCCAACUUCCAGUAUGAUCGACAACAGGGGGUGUCGCUGGUGGGAAUGCCACAAUCACGGCCAUAUCGCGCUUGCGGGGAAACCACGCCUCAAGCCCACGUCAGUUUCCGAAUAGAAGGCAUCCAGCGGAUAUUGACUGCCUCAGGUAUCCGUCUGGGUGCGGUCGGGGAACUCGGUCAGAGGUCAAUGAACGGAAGUCUCCCAAGAGAGUGGCUGGACAUAGGUGGGUGGAAAGAUAUCAAAGACCCUGUGCCCGGCCCAUUCUGGCGAACGCUAGUCGCAGAUCGCAGCUCCGAGGGGAAAGCCGUGCCGGAAUGGUAUGAAAGAGCCUGCCAGUUUGCCUUCCGACAAAGUACCAGGGAUGACAUCGACACCAGUUCCCUCCUGAAGACCCUCAAAUCUACUCACGUCCAUGAAUUCCUGAAUCGUGUCCAAGAGGUCGUUUGGGGCCGGACUUUGGCGGCCAUCGACGUGAAGGAUGAGGACCGUGUUUGCCUCGGCUUGUGUCCGCCUGACACAAAAUGGGACGAUGUCAUUGCCAUCCUCUAUGGAUGUAGUGUUCCUGUUGUUCUUCGAAAGGUGCGGUCGUACUUCAAGCUCAUCGGCGAAUGUUUUGUCUAUGGCAUGAUGGACGGCGAGGCGUUCAUUGGGGGCACCGGCAGUGCGACGGAGGCGUUUGCUCUAAUCUGA